GAGCCGGCCCAGCCAAGUCGGCCGCCAGGUGCACGCCGGGACUGCUGCCAGGGGUGAGGCUGCUCCGGCCUGGCCGACACCGCUGCCGCUGCUACCGAGAUGAUUCUCCCUGGAAUCCUGCUUCUGACCUGGCUGCCCGCCAGCCUGGCCCACCCCGGACCCCCACUCUGGAGAGGUGCCCACACCCACAGCUGGGGGGCCCCUCGCUGCUACUCGGCCGAAGAACUGGGCUCUAGCCAGGCCCCACCACACCUGCUGGCCCGAGGUGCCCGGUGGGAGCAGGCCUUGCCUGUAGCCCUGGUGUCCAGCCUGGAGGCGGCAGACCAGCGGAGGCGGCACAAGGGGCUCCCGGCUGGGCCCCAGUGCCCAGUGCUGCGGCCGGAGGAGGUGCUGGAGGCAGAGACCCACCAGCGCUCCAUCUCGCCCUGGACGUACCGCGUGGACACGGACGAGAACCGCUACCCCCAGAAGCUGGCGUUCGCCGAGUGCCUGUGCCGGGGCUGCAUCAGCACCAGGACGGGCCGCGAGACGGCCGCGCUCAGCUCGGUGCAGCUGCACCAGAGCCUCCUGGUGCUGCGCCGCCGGGCCUGCUCCCGCGCCGGCUCGGGGCCGCCCACGCCGGGGGCCUUCGCCUUCCACGCCGAGUUCAUCCGCGUGCCGGUCGGCUGCACCUGCGUCCUGCCGCGGUCGGCCCGCUGACGGGGCGUGGGCGGCUCCCUCCUGUUUGUAUUUAUUGGUUAUUUAUGUCCCCCGCCCCUGAGGACGAGCGCGCGGCCGCUUCCUCGUUUACUGUUCUGCGCACACGUGCGUGUUAGUAAACGGAUCAGCACCCAGGAGAGGAAGUUCCGCGGCUCGUACGUCCUCGUGCGCCCGCGCCGCCGACCCC